AGAAAAAGACAACCUGCUACCGGAGAGGAAAGAUCCUAAUGACGAAGAAGGGGGGAUUCGCCGCAGGCUGAGAGACAGAGACCUCCUCAAGAAAAGGAAGGCUGAGGCAGAAGAGAAAGCAACUAACCAGUGGGUUUAUGGAGCCCAGAGUAAAAGGCAGCGAGGGAGACGAGAAGAGAGGAGUGGCACAGGUAAGAAGGGCCGCCCCAGGAAGGUUAAUGCUCCUUUAGAGGCAUCGGUGCCUCAGGAAGAAAUCCCUCCUGCAGAUGUGGUCCCUGCCCCAGUGGUUGAGAUUGAACCUUUGCCCAUCUUUCAAGCAUUGCCUCCGGAAAAGGUUGAGCCUAAGCUACCUCCUGCUGUCACCGCUCUCCCUGUGCCAGUUGUGGGUCUGAAUCCACUCCCAGUCCCUGUUUUUGCCCCAGGCCCUUUACCUGCCCCGGCCCCCGUCCCUGCACCAGCACCGGUACCUGCCCCAGCCCUGGCUUUGGCCCCUGCCUCUGGUUCUACCUUUUCUCCUACAGUAACAGCAAGUGGGUCUGCAGAGGAGGUCUUCAUUGAAGACUUGGGGCCAGACGAGGAAGAGGAUCUUCCGCUGCCUCAAGGGAAUCUAAUCAUUGAUCAGGGCGCAAGUGAAGAGUCGCCUGCUGAUGUGCCUGAACAAAAGAAGACGUUUUCAUACCCGCUGUUUGCUUCCCCACCACCUCAGCAAGAAUAUCUUCCAGGAAAUUUCAUAUAAAUGCAGUAUUUUUCUUUUCAUCCAUAGAAAAUGCCUGUCAAUUAAAUAGGCCUAGGCCAAUAUUGUGAAAAAAGUCUUACUUUUAGUUUUUUAAUAAUACUCUGUACUAGUUGAUAGGCCAGUCAACAUAUUUGAAAAUAAAAAAAGUGUGCAAAAAGAAGAAAUAAACUUUUUAUAGUUAUUUGGACACUUCCUUUUCUAUUUCUAUUCAUUGUUUUACUUCACCUUGAUCACAACUUAGUUUCACACGGAAGGCCUGAUGUAGGCUACAUCCUAAAUAACCAGGUCAAAACAUAAGCUUCUGUACUGUAUUGUUAAAAAUCUUAAAGGUUCUUUCAUAACCUUUUACCCAAAAGGUUUAGGAUUUUUUUUCCUUGACUGAAAUGGCCGACUGGUCUACAAUAUCGACAUUGCCCCCUGGUGUUUUGAACAGGUUUGAACAGCAAAGUUUGUUCAAAAUGUAUCAUAAAAACAAAAAUACAUUUACAUUUUAAAACCCACUGCCUAUGUCUAUAAUAUUAAAAUAUAUGUCAACUGAAGUACACAAGGAACAACUGCAAGUGUAAUGCAAAGCGUAAAUCUUGUAUUCCCAGCCAUAGUUUCCAGCAAACGAACCACAGAUAACUACGUGUAUUUGACUGGUUGGCCACCAUUUUCUGACCAGUGUAGCUAGCAUGCGCACAUAAACAUAAGGCGAGCGUGGGUGCAUGUGCCAUAACCUUACUGUCUAUGGCCAUAUCAAGGAAAUUGGAAUUAUUGAUAAUAUACAUCUGCAGAGGCGACACAGUAGUUAACUUACUCCUGUAAGAACAGACAAUGUCACAACCAGCUUGCAGCUGUUGUGUGGAGAAUGUGAAGAGACUCCAGGAGCAAAUAUCGGUCAUGCGGAGGGAGCUGAAAAAUCUAAGACAGCGAGCAGAUGGCUCCAUACGUUCACACAGGAAACACAUGUCUGCUUUACAAUCGGUGUUGUCAACUAUUAGUCAAGACACCCCGCAAACCAAAGUCUUAACACCAAACGCUGGGGGAAAGUUAGAAUGGUCUCUGGAGAAAGGAUGCAUUGAAACAGUUCCCAUUGGGUAUAUAAACUCUUGCUUUGCGGGCAAAAAUGGUACUCCACGACAACCUACAGUUUGUGGUCCAUCUCGCGCCACACUAAAGAUUCAGCAGGCUGUCUUCAGCAAUCCGGACCAUCCCCUGAUUGGGCUGGAACAGUACUCACAUGUAUGGAUAAUCUUCCUCUUCCAUAAGAACGGGCACCUGAGCUAUAAGGCCAAAGUGAAGCCUCCACGUCUGAAUGGCCAGAGGGUGGGAGUGUAUUCCACACGCAGCCCCCACCGCCCCAAUGCCCUUGGCUUGACUUUGGCCAAGCUUGAGCGGGUUGCAGGUGAUACACUCCACUUGUUAGGUGUUGACAUGAUUACGGGUACUCCGGUACUGGACAUCAAGCCUUACAUUCCGGACUAUGACUGUCCACGUAUGCGACAUCAUCCAGAGGAGUGUGAUUUGCCCUCAGGUGAGGAGGCAGAGGAUGAAAGCGAGUGCCCUCGGAUAGAUGGAACCAGUCCCUUUGGCCCCAGUGCAGGGACUUUAGACACUAAAGAGUCCUCAUCAACAUUCUGCCCAGCCUCGUCCAAUUCAGAUGACUUGACUCCUCUAGGAGCGGUGCUGUCUGAGGUGAAGGACUAUCUCCACCAGGGGGAGUUUUCCUCAAGCAGGCCUGCUGAAGUUAGGGCAGCGGAAGCGGAGCCCAGUGAUACGGCUCUCUCUGGGCCUCACGAGGAGCUUGAGACCAGGCUUCACUUUGGAGAGGAGUCUUACAGCACUAUUGCUUCCUGGAUCAGACAGCCUCCAGUGAGCAUGCUGGAAGUGCGCUUCACCCAGCACGCUGAGAGAGAGCUCAAAGAGUUCAUGGCCUCUGAUAGUACAGUGAUGGGGAAGCCCAGAUUUAGGUUCCUGAAAGACUCUGAUGAGGCGGUCGCUGCUAUUAGAGCUGUUCUGUCAGCGGACCCUCGUUCCGUUUACCGAAGAACUCGUUGCCAGGAUCGCCUUUUCUACUUCACCAUGGAUACGGCUGACAUCACUUGCUGGUUUGGAGACGGUUUUGCAGAGGUGUUACGAGUUCAGCCUUUGAAACGUUAGUCCCACCAUGGACCUACUCUGUGCUCCUAAAAGUACCCUUUUGUCCCCUUACUCAACUAUUUGUUCUGCAUUUGUAUCACUUGGUUAGUGUUUUAAUCAUGUGCUUCAGAUUAAUUUGACUUUUAAAUGUGAUCCCUAACAACAUUAUAACUGUGUCAUGUAAGUAAAAACAGGAUUCUGUGAA